UUUAAAGUUACGAGCACCAGGUGUCGGAGGAGAACUCUGUAUUACUUAUGACGACAUCAACAAUGCUAUCCACGAGGCACGCAGACACGUGGGUCAUCCACAUCGAGAGAUUCACGAGCUGUCCUCUGACCUACCAAAACCUAAACAUAUUGCUUCGGCCGCUCUGGUCCUAGAAGAAGCAACCCGAAUCCUUGCUCAACGAUAUAGCUUGUCUUACGAUGCCAUUGUUAACGGUCUGCCACAAAUUGAUACAUCUAAAACGGCAGUGAAAGCGAUCUGUCCUACCUUCCUAAAGCCAGUGAAGUGCGAGAUAAGCCGUUACCGGACUCUGACAGGCAUGUGCAAUAACCUGGAAAACCCUUCCUGGGGCAGUGCACGGUCGGCCAUGCUCAGGUAUCUCCCUCCAGCUUACAGUGACGGUAUUUCCGUUCCAAGACGUGCUGUAGAUGGAUCUGAGCUGCCAACACCUCGUGCAAUCAGUUUUGUUAUGCACCAUGACGUCAGCCAACAUGACCAACAGUUAUGCAACAUCCUGGUAGCUUGGGGUCAGAUGAUUGACCACGACAUGACCUUUGCUUCUCCAACUUUAGACGAAAAACGUAUGGACAUUGAAUGUUGUAAGUAUCCACACCAACUCCGCCAUCCUAACUGUAUGCCUAUCGACAUUCCUCAAGAUGACCCCUUCUACAAGUUCUUCAACAAGAAAUGCAUGGAUUUUGCUCGAACUCUUCCUGGCAUGAGACCCGGAUGUACUCUAGGCCCUAGGUUUCAGACAAACCAAAUCUCAUCUUACAUCGAUGGUAACUUCAUCUACGGUAGCCAAUUGGAGGACGCCAACAGACUUCGACAGUUUCGUGGAGGUUUUUUGAAAUCCGCUCCACUCUACCGAGAACUCGGCCUAAAAGAUAUCCUACCCAUGAAGACAGUUGAUCCGGAUGUGGGUUGCUCUGCUAGGCCAAGAAAUGUUUAUUGCUUUGAUGCCGGUGAUGAACGAGUAAACGAGCAGCUGGUGUUGUCUGUAAUGCACACAAUAUGGAUGAGAGAACAUAACAGAAUCGCUGAAGCCUUAGGACAGAUUAAUCCUCACUGGGAUGACGAAACGAUCUACCAAGAAACGCGCCAUAUUGUCAUCGCCGAGCUGCAACACAUUACGUACAAGGAGUUCGUUCCUACAAUCCUUGGAACUGAGAUGAUGAGGAAAUACGGCCUAGAACUUCUAUCUCACGGUUAUUACGAUGGGUAUGACCCAAAAAUCAACGCCGGUGUUCGAUCAGCUUUUCAAACAUCUGCUUUCAGAUUUGGUCACAGUCUGCUCCCCGAUGUGACUGAGAGAUAUAACAAGUUCCAUGACAAACUUGAGUCCAUUCGUUUGUCCUUGCAAUUGAGAAAACCAUACGAUCUAUACAAGCCGGGUAUCAUCGACUCAUUUUUGAUGGGACUAGUAAACCAACAGUCUAACAGGAUGGAUCCUGAAGUGACCACUGAAGUAACUAAUCACCUAUUCGAGAAACCUGGCGAGAGGUUUGGAAUGGAUCUGGCAGCUCUCAACAUACAGCGCUCCCGGGAACACGGUAACCCUGGUUAUAACUAUUACAGAGAGUACUGUGGACUUCCAAAAGCACGUGACUUUUAUGACCUAAUCGGAAUCAUGCCCAACACGACAGUACAGAAAUAUUCUCAGCUGUACAAACACGUGGAUGACAUCGACCUGUGGAGUGCAGGUAUCUCCGAGUAUCAUCUCCCAAAUGCUGUUGUAGGCCCAACUUUUGCCUGUUUAAUUGCAGAACAUUUCACUAACAUCAGGCGAGGAGAUCGUUUCUGGUACGAAAACGGUGGUUGGCCUUCAUCCUUCAGUCCUGAGCAACUCCAAGAAAUCCGAAAUGUGCAACUGUGCAGAGUUCUGUGCGAAAAUGCUGAUGAGAUGGACACCAUUCAACUGGACGCCAUGUUGGUUGCACAUCCUCAAGGUUGUCUUCUACUCAUCACUGUUAAGCCAGAAAACUACAACCUGAGUCUCAAUGUUAAGCCAGAAAACUACAAUCUGAGUCCCACUGUUAAGCCAGAAAACUACAAUCUGAAUCCCACUGUUAAGCCAGAAAACUACAACCUGAGUCUCAAUGUUAAGCCAGAAAACUUCAAUCUGAGUCCCACUGUUAAGCCAGAAAACUACAAUCUGAGUCCCACUGUUAAGCCAGAAAACUACAGUCUGAGUCCCACUGUUAAGAAAAAAAAGUUCUGA